CUGCAGUCUUAGGUGCUACUAAAUAUCUAGGAAGGCAAAUUUCACAAGAACUACUUAUACUUGCCUAUUCUCUCCAAUUGGUCCUUAUUUGGUCCUUCGCGAUUUCAUGAAAGAUCGAGAAUGGAUAUAUAUGAAAAGGAAAGACAAUGACUUUUUGGUGGGAAGCUCAUUACUAGAAAACAUUUCACUUCCAGUGACAAAAUUCCUUUUGUAUGUGGGGAUGGCUUCUGACAUAUUGUUCCUGGGGCUUGAAGGGUUUUUAUGGCACAGCUAGCUAUACUGACAGAGAAAGGUGGAAACUUUUUUGCCUAGAGAGUGAAAGCCAACCAACCUUCUUAAUGGUGUGAACUAGUGAAACCACUGAAACUACUUAAUCUGGUGUGUUCUAUGUGUUUUCAGCAAGCAAACUCUUGAAAUAUCUAAAUUUUGGUUCUGUCAAACAAAGAAAGAAUGAAAAACAGAUUUAUUGACAGAGGAAACUCCGGAGGCUGUUCAAUCCAUGGCAGGAAGCAUAACAAGUGUGUGAUUUUUCCUGUGGAAGUGAAUGUGGUUGCUGAAGCUAUUGACAGAAUAAACAUGACUUGGAUUGUUAGGGCGAAGGUAGCGGAAACUGAUUUGAUCAUUCAAGUUGGAGACUCCAACUUCCAUGUUCACAAGCUUGCUAUGGUGUCCAGAAGUGCAUAUUUGAACAGAGUAGUGUUCCAGGAAAGAAACAACAAUCUGCAAAAUUCCAUCCCCACCAUCCUUUUACACAGUCUCCCCGGUGGGGCUGAAACUUUCGAGCUCAUACUGAAGUUCUGCUAUGGAUGGAAGAUCGAUCUAACCCCAACCAACAUCGCACCCAUCUACUCUGCUGCAAAUUUCCUGGAAAUGAACAAUGAGAUGGAACAAGGCAACCUGAUCACCAAGACCGAAACCUUCCUAACUUACUUGCUGCUAUUAUCUUCAUCGUGGGAAGACAUCUUCACCAUCUUCAAAAGCUACGAAGAAACCGUUUCCUCUUUGGCCAAAGAGCUUCAUAUCCUCAGAUCUGGAAUAGAAAAUCUGAUCAUAAGGUUACCUCCUGAGCAAGAAAGCUCCCUUCCUUGCAACUUCUUGCUUCACCUUCUCAAGUUUGGGAACUCCGUGAGGGCAGAUUGUGAGUUAUUGGCUGGGGUAGAAGAAAGAGUUGCUGAUAAGCUGGAGGUCUGUAGGGUUUCAGAUCUCUUGGUUCAGAAUUCUACCAAUAGAAGUACUACUCUCUAUGAUGUGGGAAUUGUGGCAAAAGUUUUGGAGACGUAUGUUUCUUGUGCGAAAAGAAAUCCAGCAGCGACAUUGCUUGUUGUUGGGAGGCUGAUUGAUGAGUAUCUGACAGUUGUUUCUAGAGACAGUAGACUUCCUGUGAAGAGCUUCCUUUCAGUGGCAGAAGCCUUGCCAGAUUCCGCGAGGAUUUGCCACGAUAACCUCUACCGAGCCAUUGACUUCUACCUCAAGGUACAUCCUAAGCUGUCAGAGGAAGAAAGAACAGGUAUAUGCAGGGCCAUGGACUACCACAAGCUGUCGCAGGAAGCUCAGAAGCACGCGAUAAAGAAUGAUAGGUUGCCAUUGCAUCAGACGGCGAUGAUCAUUAUGGCUGAGCAAGUGAAGAUGACAAGGUCGAUAACUUGUGGAGGAAGUAGUUACCAGCAUAGGGCAAAGAGCCAAGCCAGUUUGAAGAUUGGCAACUGCAACAUGGAGAAAGGAUGGCUAUAUUCGCCACGAAAUGAGAUCAGGAUGAUGAAGAAGGAAGUCGAAGCUAUGAAAGGGCAAAUAAAUGAGUUGCAGGUUUGUAGGUUGAAGAUGCAGCAGCAGUUGAAGAGAUGCCAUAUAUAAAAUGGUUCACAACAUGAGAGACAGCUAUAUGAAACGAAAUUUGAACAUUAUUACAAGUCAAUAUGAUGCCCUAUACUUGCAAAACCGUGUAAAAUCUAUCAUAUCAAUAUGUAACCAAUAAAUGCUUCAACGGAUCCAAUCCGCCGAUACUGCAAGAUAGGAGAAGAUGGAGAUUUUCAAUCAAAAGGCUAAAUGGUAUUUGAUGAGAAACAAGUGAUUCAUAGUUAUGUAUGCUGUUAUUUGAGCCCCUGAAUCAUAAAUUUCAACGAUUAAAUUCCAUGAAUUAUUCCUUUCUUACAUUAGGGUGCCUUUGGACUCAUUUUCUAGUAGUCUCUCAGGUUUUAGUUUGUUUAGACCAAAAAUUUUGUUUUCUAAAUUGAACAUGGACUAAUACUUUUUUCCCAAGAGGUAUUCAUUUUCACGAGAUUUCAUUAGAUCUAUAAAAUUGCUAUAAAGACCGAAUCCAAGCACAUAAAUUGAAAGUUGAAACUGACACACCCCAUCAGAAAGAGGUUGAGGGAAGACUGUAGUUAAUAUUUCGUCUAAAAUGGAGAAAAAAAUACACACGAUAAAAUAGCUUUUGUUGACUUUUUAAUUAACCGUGAUGUAAUCUUAUAUUUAAAACUUUUUUGUAAAUUAAAAUACAUUAGCAGAUAAAACUAUCAAGAAUAUCACUAUUUGUGUACCAAAUAAUUAUUUUUAUUACGUAGCCUUGCACUUUCGAGUGAUGUUUUUUGUCAAGAACCAUUUAGUAUCAAUAACUCGAAUAAUUGAUAGAGGUUUAAUAAUAAAUCUUAUAUCAAACAAUUAUUCAUGAUUUAGUUAGUUGUUCACUUUCGAAUGAUGUUUUUUGUGAUCAAGAAUCGUUUAGUAUCAAUAACUCGAGUUGUUGGGAAGAGAUUCAAUAAUAUAUCUUAUACUAGAUUUGGGCCCGCCCGUUGGCCGGAUGUAUAACAUCAAUAGUAUAAACAGAUUAGCAAAUGCCUAAAUAUAAGUUUUCUUGCAUAUCUAUCAUAUCAUCAUGAUAUGAUGAUCCAUCUCCUUUGUUUGAAUUCAAAAUAAAAAAAAUUAAAAGCGCAUUCAUUAAGGUAUAAACAUUGAUAUCCAUUUUGUUACGUUUUGUCAAGCUUAAGACCACAUACCAACAUCAUAUCAUUGUUAUACCAACAUCAUAUAUGUGUCAUAUCAUGUUACCAUAGUGAUAAUAUCAUGAUAUGAAAGUGAUAUGAUUUCAUCAAAUUAUUUUGUCAAACAUACGACCUCAUACCAACAUCAUAUUACUAUCUUACCAACAUCAUAUCAAUAUCACAUUACUAUUUUAUCAACAUCACACCACCAUGAUAUCAUACCAUUGUUAGUGGUAAUAUCGUGAUAUCUGAUAUGACAAUGGAAUGAUAAACUAAAUAUUUUUUGCUCCAAAAAUAUCAAAAUGGAUAUCAUCUUCUAGAACACAAAAAUUCUGAUAUUUCUAUGCAAAAAUUUUGAAAAUCAAUUUAAAAUGAAAGAGCUAUCGUCCAUUGAAUUUUCAUAUGAGAUUUGAAAAGUCCAUCAACAAACGCCUAGGAAUCUGCAUCUGUCCAUAAAAAAUCCAGUAAACUCUCCAAAAUUCCUUAUUUCCUCUCUACCCCUGAUAUGGAUCAUUAGAUCUUUUUCUAUCAAAUUACAACCAUUUGAUUAGAUUUUGUAAAAAUACAAAAUUUCAGGAUUUUGUACUGGAUCCUCCACCUUAUAAUAAUAUUAAUAAUAGUACUUUAAUUUCUAGUUAAGAAAAAUUCUUCUAGUAAAUUGUUUCCAAUACG